GGAGUCUUCAAAUUCAGUGGCCUUCGCAUUGCCAGGGACCACAUAGUCGCCGGAGCAGGGUGAUUCGUCGCCAAAUAUGAUAACGUUUCUUAAUCUGAGAGUUUGAGGAAUGAGAUGCAAUUUGAUUGUCAAAAUCUCAGUACAUAUUUUGUAUGUUUGGUGAAUAUCAUGGGCCUGCGAAUGAUGGAAUGAAAGAACUGUUACUUUCUGUUGCUGUAGACCAGGAUGGCAGUCUCGUUUCCUUCCUUAAGGAUGAGCGUUGGUCGAAUCCAGUCACGUUACGCUAGUCUUUGCGUUAACCCUGCUUUAUAGCAAUUACCAAAAUUGACUGCCCAAAUUUAUUUAUUCAAGUUCUGUUUGCUACUACACGCAUAGAAAGCCAAUGCAUGGUUCGAUUGGCAAUUCCUCCAAAACUCCCGAACCUCAACGCAAACUUCGUCUCCAAGAAGCACCAAUGUCUCUCUCUCCUGAACCUAUGCGUUUCCACCAAACAACUCUCUCAGAUUCAAGCUCAAUUACAAGUUUCUGGUCUUUCCCAGGAUCCUUUUUUACUGAGAAAGCUCGUUUAUUUUUAUGCUUUGUCUUCCUUCCAGAACUUGAACUAUGCACGAACACUUGUUCACAUCUCUCCCAACCCACCAUCCGUUGCUUGGAAUAUACUCAUUAGGGGCUAUGCUUCCAGCCAUUCCCCUAUUGAGUCCAUUUGGGUAUUCCAUGAAAUGCGGAGUCGAGGAAUUACACGCUCUAAGCUUACGUUUCCGUUCCUUUUCAAGUCUUGCGCUAUGGUUGCAGCACUAGGAGAAGGACGGCAGGUGCAGGCAGAAGUUGUCAAGUGUGGUUUGGAUUCUGAUGUUUAUGUACAAAAUACCUUGAUCAACUUCUAUGCUUGUUGCAAGAAAAUUUUGGACGCUGAACAAGUGUUUAAUGAAAUGUCUGAGAGAACUGUCGUUUCAUGGAAUUCGGUUAUAGAUGCUUGUGUUCAGAACCUUUGGUUCAAAGAUGGAAUUGGGUAUUUUGUGAAAAUGAGAGAUUGUGGGUUUGAACCAGACGAAACCACCAUGGUUGUCAUGCUUUCUGCUUGUGCUGAGUUAGGAAACUUGAGCCUUGGGCGAUGGGUACAUUCCCAAGUGAUAGUGAGAGGGAUGGUUCUCAAUUGUCAGUUAGGUACUGCUCUUGUUGACACGUAUGCAAAGUCUGGAGCAGUAGGUUAUGCUAAAUUUGUAUUUAGCAGAAUGGAAGAGAAAAAUGUGUGGACAUGGAGUGCAAUGAUUCUUGGACUAGCCUUACAUGGGUUUGCUGAGGAAGCUCUCACACUUUUCCCCAAAAUAAAUGACCAUCCAACCAUAACUCCAAAUUAUGUAACUUAUCUUGGGGUUCUAUGUGCUUGUAGUCAUGCUGGAAUGGUAAAUGAAGGGUACCAAUACUUUCAGGAUAUGGAAAAAGUUCACGGGGUCAAACCCAUGAUGAUACAUUAUGGAGCUAUGGUUGAUAUCUUGUGUCGUGCUGGCUAUCUCAUAGAAGCUUAUGACUUCAUACAGGGAAUGCCUAUCGUGCCAGAUGCAAUUGUAUGGCGAACCUUGCUAAGUGCAUGCACUAUUCAUGAUGUUAAUGACCAUACAGGGAUAGGGAAUAAGGUGAGGAAGAGGUUGCUUCAGUUGGAGCCUAGGAGGGGAGGGAAUUUUGUUAUUGUUGCAAACAUGUAUGCUGAAGUAGGGAUGUGGGAGAAUGCAGCAAAUGCUAGGAAGGCUAUGAAAGAUAAGGGGCUGAAGAAGAUGGCCGGAGAGAGUUGUGUUGAGUUAGGUGGGUCCAUGUAUAGUUUCUUCUCAGGUUAUGAUUCUCGACCAGAAUUGAUAUUUGUGUAUCUCUUACUAGAUGGACUGAAUCUGCAUUUGAAGAUGGUUAACUACUUGUAGUAGAUAUAACUUUUGAUGAAUGCAACAUUGAUUUUUAUCAAUUGUAUUUUUAAUUGGAAAUGGCCUACUUUAUUUCUUCUCUUCCAUCCCUUAGCUAGUUUGCUUUGAAAGUCCCAGUCUGUUUUUGUUGUGAAAUUGAUCUUGAAUUUUCUAAUAUAAUCAAUAAAAGGAAGUUUUGAAUCA